AUGUGCACCUGCGUCCACAUGUACCAUGCGGAUUGUUAUGAUGUAUUGUCUGUUGAUCCUGGAGUCCAGUGGCUCCAUGCUCCUUCCAAGAACGGCCGCAUGCACGCGGCUCACGCCUCCAGGCAGGUCGCCGAUCUCCCGUUCCUGGAUGUUAACACCGGCCAGGCCAGCGUAUCCGCCCCCGGAAGAGUGCCGGGCCUUUUAUCAUACACGCCCCUCCAACAUCUGCCGUCCUGGGGUGCCAUCGGGAUACAAGUACAUACACCUGUCCGCGACCUUCAAGCUCGACCGUCGUCGUACUCGCACGCAUCUUUCACAUCGCCAUCGUCCAAACUUUUCUUCUCCUCGACCCUGCCGCCACCGCCCGAGCCGAGCCGGACAGCAACGCUGACCGCCGAGAGUGUCGACGCAGACGCACGAGGCAAGCCUGAUUUACUCUCUCCCCCGUCGUUGCUCGCCUCCAGAGGAAGCAGCUCCGUGCCCGGAUAUUUCGAACCGUCCUGGACAAGCCUGCAAGGACAUGAGCUCGUGAUGACCACCGCAGCGUACCCGGCCACCAUGACGGAGUUGAGGGGAGAUCUCGCGCACUCGAGCAUGUGGUCCAACUACGGAGCCUCGACGCACUUGCCCAGCAGCCGGCUGGGGAGCGCCAUGGACUCGAGCUUCCAUGGCUCGUCGGCGGCGUCGUCGUCGCACGCCGCGGCUCGUCCCCGGAGUGGCCAAGUCGCCGUCGACCACCAGGCGUACCCGUACAGAGGGUACCCCCAGGACGAGUCGACGGCCUACGAUCGUCACCCCAGCUUCCCGAGCCUCAAGAGAAGCUUCUCGCAAGCGGAACCGCCGGCCUACCAGGAGAUCAUCCAGGAUCUCCGAGACGACGGCGCGAGGUUGACGGUGAACCAGGAUCACAAGCUGCUGUCCUUCCGACGCGCGCAGGACAAGUCGACGGUCGUUGACCAGCAGGGCCGCGUCGUCCAGUUUGACCUCUCGGCCCAGCUGCACGGCAUGUUCUUCCUGUCGGAGAUGCCCUCGGGCGCCGGCGACGGCUCGACGACGUCGAUGCAGCCCGAGCUCACGUGCUAUCGCCGGAACCUGUUCCAGAUCAGCGGCUCGCUGGUGAUGCCGAGAGGCCAGCUGUCCGUCGUCAACGAGUCCAACGAGACGCUUCCCGUGACGAGCAUGGAGGUGGCCAUCUCCGCCAUCGAGUCGGUUGAUGGGAACCCGGUUCGUCUCAUCGUCAUCCCGUGGAAGACGCCGCCGCCGAACACGCCCGAGAUCGCCCAGACGCCGGACCAGGAGCCCCCGGUCGUUCCGUUGAUCCCCUUCCAGGACGACGGAGCCGACGCCGACGGGGACCUCGCCGUCUAUCCCGUCGGCUGGCGUCGCCUUCAGUUUCGCAUAGCGACGGCGAACAACGGCCGGAGGAAGGAGCUUCAGCAGCACUUCGUCCUGCACCUGAAGGUGAACGGCACCUUGGCGGACAAUUCCAAGAUUGUCAUGGCCGAGUCGACGACGUCCCCCAUCGUGGUGCGAGGCCGCAGCCCGCGGAACUUCCAGGCGCGAAAGGAGAUCCCCCUGCUCGGCUCCAGCGCCGGCUCCAGGGGCCAGGCGCUGGUCGAAACGGGCCUCGGCGUCGUUGCGAGCGCCAUGUCGGUCAAGCAAGACAAGGCGAGGUCGAGCAUGGACAUGCAGCAGGUGCCUCGCUCUUCCUUCACCUUCAGCCCCCCCAGGACCCAGGGCAGCACGCUGAGCUCCCUGCGAUGCAACACGUAUCCGUCGUGGAACGCCCAAGUUCACACGUCCAGCCCGGGGGCGUACUCGUCCACGUCGAUGGGAGGAGACUCGUACCCCAAGAUGCCGCUCUCCGGCGGCGCGGGCUUCGGCGGCGAGCCGCAGGAGCUGCCGCUGCAGUCGUCGAUGGCGCCUUCGGUGGGCUUGCCCCUGGCGAGCAGCGAGCAGGCGCACGCGCCCCUGCGGUCGCAGUACGCGUACGCGCCGUCGGCCGCUCACUUGCCCGGCAGCAGCGUCACCAUCAGCCCGACGGACAGCGCGUUGAGCAUACCUCGUUACGUCGACAGCAACCCCAGACCGUCCAAGAGCCCCCGGCAAGCCGGCCACCAGUCGGUGCACAGCUCGGGUUCGGCCACCAACACGGACAGCUCGUCGGACUACCGCUACGGGUCCUACCGGACCUCGAACGCCGGCGGCAGCGACGUCUCGCAAGCCCCCAGCUACACGUCGGAGUCCUCGACGACGACGAACCCGCCGUCGAGGGAGUAUUACCCCGCCCCGAGCACCUGGACGACGACGGCCUCGGAAUCGAGCUCGAGCCCGGCGUACGCAAGCGCCGACGCGCGGCCGUACCCCUUCUCUCACGAUUCGUACAAGGGCUCGGCGGCCAUUCCGCAUCUCAAGCACGAGUCGGCGUCCCCUACCGUCUACGGUGCAGGCCACCGUAGCUCGUUUGACACGAUGAACAACUACUCGUGGAGCGCGGCAUAA